CGUAAAUAUCGGUUUGCGCAGCUCGACGCGCGCGUUCUAUAUUCUAACCACUUUUCCCCAACAUGGCUCAGCACUCUUCUGACGAAACGCUGUCCCUCCUCACAAGACUCAGCCAGAAACCCGGCGUGCAAAGCACCCUCAUACUGUCGCGCGAUACUGGGGCAAUAGUCCGCACAUCAGGUCUGAUCUCGAAGAUCUCCGAGGCAAAUCCCAACAGCACCCUUCCAGCCUCGGGUGAAGCGAACGCGGACAACUACGCAAACACAAGAAAAGAGGGCGGCCUACAAAGCGCAGAAGAUGUUGCAAGCAUGGUGUGGUCAUUCUUGAACUCAGCAGGAGACUUGUUGGAUGGGCUAGAUAAGGAGGAUGAAGUCAAGCUUCUGAGGUUACGGACGAAGAAGAAGGAGCUCGUCAUAAUACCAGAUUCCAAGUUCAUUCUCGUCGCCAUACACGAUACUCCACCGGCAUGAGAAAGUCACCGUACGCAUGAGAUAUACUGAGCUCGUCUUCCUUCAACACUAUGAUACCCCACACCUCAAAAUUAGAUAAUUCAAUUUCUUGACCAAAAGCUUCCGCUCAUUCUGGUUUCGAUGACGUUGGACUUUCUCGAAACAACCGACCUACAUAUGUUGGCAAUUGCAUCUUGUUAUGGAAGUUCUUGCGAGAACAAUCCGGAAUGCGCCGAAAGGAAUGUCUGUGUGGAGAUGCAUAGAUUGGGUUGCUGUCUUGUAAGAGGCAGCUGCGGAAAGCUCAUUGCAGAGACAAGUGAUCUGGUCUCUCCGUUUCUUGGUCAGAUAGUCUGAUCUCGAACGUGUUAUCAGGGAGAGGCCAAAUACUCAUGGGUUGAGAUAUUCGUUCGGCGGACAAGGGCCUCCUAAUCUCGGCGCGUAUACUGCUUCCUGUAAAGGGUGGAGACAACACUUUGCUCCCCGUCGCAACUAUCGACGGUUAG